UAAGUAGAAUGAUGCACGUAAAGCGCCUUCUCUGAGGGUAUCUUCAUGAUUUUGUAUUCAUUCAUCAACCGGAAACUGCUUCUUCUUAAUCCACACAGUUUUGGAAUAAGCUUUGUUUGUCUACAUCUUUAGGAUUGAUGAAUCUUUUUAAAGUAUGUUGCUCACAUAGCACAGGUCUCUUUCUUCAAAGGGAACAAUGAUGCCAUAUGAAAAACAACGGAUAUGAAUGCUGUGUAGAAAUAAGUCAACUUCAACAAUGGAUUGGGAAAAGCGUGGUAUAUAGCAGAUCAACAUCUGUUUGGCAACACCCUGGACAGUGGUCAAGCAUCAGGCAACAGACUGACACAAACAAUCAGAUCCUUUGUGCCUGUUUAAAGAGGAGGGCUCCACUGUAAACCGAUACAGAGAGCAGCAGACAUCAACACCCUGGUGACAAAUUCCACUUGUUUCAUUGCCAUUAUCAAUCCAGUCACUCAACUAACUGGGUCACGAGAAAACCACCGAGCGGAACGAACCUUCCACGUCGGGGAAGUAUCUCCAGUCGGACUUAUUCUCAGGUGACACCGACGGUAUGUUUUUCUGAACAACACCGAAUAGAAAAUAUAUUGUAUUUCACAAAUGUUGGCUUACAAAUUGAUCCUGCACCGCUGAGCACGUCUAUAUUCCUGAAGCGUUGAGCGUUGCCUUUCAACUGAAAACCUGCAACACCCGAAGUAAAUAGCAUGGCAGAGGAAAGGCUGCUGUUUAUAGAUAUUGAACCGAAGCCAAACAGCUCUGGUCCUGUCGACAACAGAGCUGAGAAGCCCAUCAGUCCUUGCAGUGACAACACUUUCAGAUUUAACUUCCUGCCUGACAACUCUCCAGCAGUCCAAGAGAAAACACCUCCAUCAGUCAGGGGGAACGAACAGGGAGCAAGCCGGAUAUCCAAUACAGGACAGGGCUCUGCUUUUGCCUUCCACUUUCAAAUUCCUACUGUGGAAAACAUGGAGACGACAGAGACCCAAGACAUUUCCUCUCCAAGCAGCCAACACUGUGUCCCAGAGGAAAAGCCUUCCCUACUGCAAGAGAUUAACUCUCCACCUGAGCCAUCAGUGCAAUCAAAAGCAAAGAAGAAGAAAAAUAAAUCUGGAAAGAAAAACCUCUCGGAUAGCGCAGCGGCACAGCAGACGCCAAGUUCAGCUGAGGGGAGUCAAGGUGGCGAGGAGGCAGAGCUGAGUGCAGAGGAGCAGCUGAACAGACAGCUGGACUGGUGCAUCGAGCAGCUGGAAUCGGGAAUGGGGUCCCAGAAGGGUACACCAAAACAGAAAGAGGAAGCCUCACGUUCCCUGAAGACUCUACGAAGCUCGAAAGCUCCUCUGGCCAAGAAGAGGCAGGUGAUGAGAGCCAUGACCGGAGAUUACAGGAAAAAAAUGGAUGAGGAGAAGAGCAAGCAGUACAAACUAAUUCAAAAUGAAAUUGCAUCAGCUAAAGUCAAAGUGGUUUCAAAUUCUCCAAAGAAGUCAUCUUUCCACCGGAGAGCUGAGGUCAAAAAGCAGACUCCAGCCACAGAGGAGGACCUGGAUGCUGCCCAGGAUACAGACCUGAAAACACAGACGCAAGAAGAGACGCCAGCUUUUGUCUUUACUUCAUCAAAGGAGGAGUUUCACUUCAAUUUUCUUUGAUGAGACACGUUUCCCCAAACAAUAGGUCGGACUGUGACAGUGGGCUGCAUUGGAGAUAAUGGGAGAUUAACAAUCAAUCACACAUUGAAACUCUUCAAUGGCUGACUGCUUGUACCAAAUAUCUUAAUAAAGGAUUUUUUAUUUGA